UGGAGCUGAGCUCUUCCCCUGAAUGAAUCCAAGUAACCCUGGUGACUGCCUUCUGAAAUGACCAGCAGACACACAUCUGUACAGAGGCUGCCCGAAGUAUAAACUCUGGUUCUAAAGUACCAUGUCCAGCCAAGGAAGUCCUGCAGUGGAGUUUUCUACGACAACAGUCAGUUCAGUAGCUGUGCAGGCUGGGGACUGUAAAAUCGUCAUAGCUGUCAUCAAGUGUGGCAAGUGGGUACAACUUCAGCUGGCUGAAUCACAGCCCAAUAUUCUAGAAAUUGGUAGCAGUCAAGAUGAAACCAAAAAACUUCUUCAUGAUCAUGAACUUCUUUUGGCCAAGCUCAAGGCUUUGGAAGAUCGGGUAUGGGAACUCUUGCAGGAAGCAGACAAGACAGCUGAAGAGAACAAGGAUCAGAGUCAAGUCUAUGAUGCCAUGGCUAAUACCCUGGGCGAAGCAUGGGCAGCCCUGGUCUCCAUGCUUGAAAGAAGACGAGAGCUCCUAAGGUUGACCUCUGAAUUUUUUGAAAGUGCCUUGGAGUUUGCCAUUAAAAUAGAUGAAGCUGAAGAUUUCCUCCAGAACACUCAGGAGUUUGAGAGUGCCGAGUCCUUAAAAUCACUUCUUCAGCUUCAUGAACAUCAUACCAAAGAACUCUUAGAACGAUCUCUGGCCCUUUUAAACAAAAGUCAACAACUCACUGACUUCAUAGAAAAAUUCAAGUGUGAUGGACCUAAUGUAAAUCCCGAGUUGGUCCAGGGAGCUCAUAACAGCUGCCUGAAGAUCGACAGUCUUCUUGAACUUCUACAAGACAGGAGACGGCAACUAGACAGGUACCUGAAGCAACAGCGACAGGAAUUGAGUCAAGUUCUUCAGAUAUGUCAGUGGGACCAACAAGAAAAUCAGGUUACUUCUUGGUUUCAGAAAACCAUAAAAGAGCUACGGGAACAAAGCCUAGGUUCAUCACUUUCAGACAAUGAGGAGCUAAUCCGUAAGCACGAGGAACUGAAAAUAAAAGCAAAGGCAUCCCUGCAGUCGGGAAUUGAUGUGCUGCGUCACCCAACCUCACACGGUCGAUGGCUUUGCAGUCAUUUGGCUUCUGCAUUUCAGGAACUAGAAGAACCAUGGGCUGAGUGGAAUUCCACUGUCGAGAAGCUGAAGAGUGAGGCACUUGAGAUUCUGCUGUCCAAGCACCAUAUGGAGAGAGAACAUCUACAACUCUCUAACCAGAAACUGAAUCAGCUACAAGAAGAAUUUGGUCAGCUCAUCGUGGAAAGGAACACCUGGUUAAAAAAGGCAAAUGAGUUCUUUAACAGCGCUAACAAGGCAUUUGAUGUGCUUGGAAGAGUUGAAGCUUACCUUAAGCUCCUUAAAUCAGAGGGUUUAAGUCUGCCUGUCUUGGCAGCAAGGCAUGAGGAAUUACACAGAGAAAUUAAAGACUGCACAGCUGAUGCUUUGCAGAAGGGACAAGCCUUAAUCAGCCAAGUAGACUCCGGCAGCUCUCAGGUGACCGGUGUCCAUGAAAUGAUGGGAUGCAUUCAGAGACGCGUGAAUCAUCUGACUGAACAGUGUUCAGCGCACAAGGAAUUUGCUCUUAAGAAACAACAAUUAACAGCCUCAGUGAAGGGCCACCUAAGGAAGGCGGAAAUGUCAAUUCAGAAAAUCAAUCGAGUACUUUCCAGUGCAAUGGAUGUUGGUUCCAGCCUUUCUGAGUCAGGAGAGAUUUUGAGUAAAUAUUUGGAACUAGACAUCCAAGCUAAGGACACAGCACAAGAAUUAGAAGCAGCUGCAAAACUUAUGACAGAGAAAAAUGAAUUUGAACCUGAUGAAGUGGCAUUGCUUUUUUCUAAAGCUAAAUGGCUAGAGGAAGAAUUAAACGUACUUGGCCAAAGCAUCGGCUCCAGGUCACAAGUCCUGCAAACUUAUGUGGCAUUUCUAAAGUCAUCAGAGGAGAUAGAGGAGCAGUGUCAGAGCCUCAAGGAGUUUUACCAAACUGAAAACCCGCGGAGGGAAGAGGAUCCUGCUGACGCCAAAUACCAGUCUGACUCUGCUGAGCAGUGGCAGCUCUUUUUAAAGAGGAGUUUUUUAACUCAAGACCUAGGGCUUCAGUUCCUUAACUUAAUAAAUAUGGCAAAAGAAAAUGAAAUAUUCAACGUGAAAAGGAAAGUCCACCUUAUGGAGAACACUAUGGAAAGCCAGAAGGCAGAAAGGGAAGAAGUCAGCCGCCUCCGGAUGGCAUGGCAACUUAAAACCACUGCAAGCCAGCCUGUGAAACAGCAGUGGGGAGCUUUCAAAGAGCAACUUAAAAAGACUAGUCACAAUGUAAAACUUCUUCAGGAAGCUCUGACGCCUGUGACUGCACUUGACCUUGGAGGGAGCCUCCAGACCAUUUUAGGUCUACGGAAAAAAUGGAAUGCAAUGAAGCCUCAGUUCCAGCAACUGAAUGAUGAGGUUCAGUACACUAUAAAAGAAUCAGAAGAACUAAGUGCCAAAGGCAUGCAGGUGAAAGAGAAGUCUCAACAACUAAAGGAACUCAUUCACUUCCAUCAGAAACAGAAAGAGAGAAUCGGAGACUACGAGGAACUCCUGUGUAAGACAGUCCAGUUCCACCAAGUCAAGGAAGAGCUGGAACAUCUCAUCAAAUCAAGAGAACUGGAGUUUCUAGAUCAGCCCAAGGAGCUGGAUAACGCUCGUGAUGCCCAGCUUCACCUCCGUCGCUCUCAGGAAAAGCAGGCACAUAUACACCGUCUCCACAAACUGGCCCUAUCCCUGGGAGUGGGCAUCAUCUCAUUAGUGCAGCGGCCGAACUGCUCUAAUGUGUCUGCAAAGAACCUACAGCAGCAGCUGGACAUCCUUGAGAGGGACAGUGAGAACUGGUGCACCAAAGCCAAGGAGUAUGAGCAGACCCUGACCUGCAGCUUGGACUACUGCACCACAAGGGAAGAGAUAAACGAGCUCAAAGAGUCAUUCAAAGAUACCAAAAAGAAAUUCAACAAUUUGAAGUUUAAUUACACUAAGAAAAAUGAAAAAGCUCGGAAUCUGAGGGCUCUUAAAUAUCAAAUUCAACAAGUUGAUAUGUAUGCUGAAAAAAUACAGACUUUGAAAAGGAAAAUGGAAAAAGUUGAGAUUAAAACUUCUGAUUCUUUAUUAAAUUAUCCAAAUAAUAAAGGUAAUAUCCUUUUGGAAGCCAUGAAGGAUUUGCAAAAACAUGUGGAUGAGUUUGACAGAGUUGUAACAGAUUACAAGAAGAACUUGGACCUGACUGAGCAUCUCCAGGAGAUGAUAGAAGAGUGUAAUUUUUGGUGUGAAGAUGCAAGUGCCACAGUUGUAAGAGUUGGAAAAUAUUCCACAGAGUGCAAAACAAAGGAUGCUGUGGAAAGUCUCCACCAGCAGUUCAAUAAGUUUAUCAUACCCUCUGUGCCUCAGCAAGAAGAAAGGAUUCAGGAGAUCAGUGACCUCGCUCAACGAUUAUAUGGUUUGGAAGAAGGGCAGAAAUAUGCUGAGAAAAUAGUGGCAAAACACAAAGAGGUCCUUGAAUCUAUUACUGAAUUAUGUGGCUCUCUCACAGAGCUUGAAGAAAAGCUGAAGCAGGGAGAUGCUUUAAAGAUGAAUCUGAAUUCGGAAGACUUCCACGAUGAUUGCAUUGACCUACUGAAAGAACCAGUGAGAAAUAAGCAGAUAAUAUUGACUGAAGAAACAAAUAAGGAACAGGCUAUGGUAGCCGACAUUUUGGCCAUUGAUGGAACAGGAGGGAGUCAGCUUCCACGGGACCUGAAGCAGCUGUCCUCUGGCAGAGAAGGUGGUGUCCAAGGUCUGCUCCUGCCUGCAGACAUGCUUUUAGAAGAACACGAGUGUGUCUCACCUGAUGACAUCUCCUUGCCUCCACUCCCAGGGAGCCCCGAUUCCCCCCUCGCACUGUCUGACAUGGAGGUGGAAGAACCUUCCAGCCCCUCCCUCAGCCUUCACAGAAGCAGCUACAGGAUGCAGAAGGGGGCCAGUGGCCCAGGGGAGGCCCAGGAAUCUAUCCUUUUACCACCUCCUGCUUUUGCUGAUACUUGCAAUGAUGAGAGAGAAACGUUUUCAAGUCAUUUUGAGAGGCCUUACCCUCAGUUCAAAGCUGAGCCCCCAUUAAGCCCCAGAGGAUUUCUGGAAAAGAGUACUGCUGUCUGCGAAAUCAGUGCUAAACAUCCAGAGAGCAUGCCGAGUGAAGUGCAUGAGAGAGCUUUACAGCAGCACCCACAGGCUCAGGAAAGUUUGCUAGAAACACAGGAGAAAAUGCAUGCUGAUGAUAACGUCACUAAAACUGGAGAUAGGCUGCAUGCUUCCCAGGACGAGUUCUCGGGCCUCGGGUUUCAAUCAGGCCCCAGCCUGGCCUAUCAGAGGCAAAUAGUUUCCCAAGAAGAGAGUAGAAGCACAUCAGCAAAAAGCAGCGUGGUCAGCCUAGCUGGCCAGGCACCUCAUUUCUCCAGGCUCCUGUCUAAUGUAACUGUUGUGGAAGGUUCUCCAGUGACUUUGGAAGUUGAAGUGACAGGAUUUCCAGAGCCUACACUGACAUGGUACAAGAAAGGCCAGAAAUUGUCUGCAGAUGGACACUUACAGGUUUUACACAAGGAGACGAGACAUUCAGUGUUCAUUCCGAAGGUAUGCGGGGCAGAUGCAGGCCUCUAUGUGGCUCGGGCCCAAAACUCUAGUGGCAUUCUCUCUUCCAAUGUCAUCCUCCAUGUGACAAGUAACUGCAGGCCACCAAUCGCAAGAAUAACCUGGAUAACGCUGUGUGUCAUCUAUGUUAGUGUGUCCCUAAUGUACUGGCUACUCAUACAGUGACUGUGGGAUUGGCACCCAGGGACGUCAUUCUCAGGAGCCUAAAGGACAAUACAGUUGUUUCUUUCCCUGCGUCUUCUGCAAAGCAUCCCCCACCAAGUGUACCUACAUUCUGGUCAUAUUGCUUGUUUAGCUAAUAUCAUGGCUUGGGAAAGUUACUGUUUUCUUUAAUGCUUUAAUCUAUUUGAAGAGCUUGGUAAAUUAUUUGCAGUGGAUAACGAUACAUUUUUGUAUUCUAAAAAGAGAUGUGUUCAAUAUAAAACGCAGUAAAAUUAUGCUAUGUUUAUUCCUCUUAAUUUAGGAGCAUGCAGAUCAUGGCACACAACAUGGAGAUGUGAGUCCAAUUUCAAAUCCAGUUGUUUGAAAAUUUAUUUUCAAUUGUACUCAUAAAAUCUCCUUAUAGAAUAACAGUAGAAAUGUUGAACUGAAGAUGUAAUGUUUAUUAUUGUACUAGGUGGUCUUUAAUUUUGUUUCUCAUGUCUCGAUCUCAUUUACUGAAAUACAUUCAGUGUGGUUUCUACAUAGCCUGCAUUCCUGAAUCUGAGGAUGCUGCUGUAAAUAAUCACUCCUCAUGCUGAUCGCCUGGGUUUGACAUUCGAGAACAAAUGUAUCCGCCAACUUUAAACGGAGUUUCAAAUGUCCAUCAGCUAUGCAUGUCCCAGAGCAAGAUGGAACUCAGGGUGUGGCAAUGGACCAACACUGUUCCUGUCAUUCCGUUGACAUGUUUUGGGCAGCCAUGUGUAUGCCAUUUCAACCAGUUCCUGCUUCUAAUCUUGAUUGUGCUGCUGACCAGUUUUGCAGCCUAUGGUAGGGCAUCUUGGUGCCUCAGUUUCCCAUCCAGAAAAUGGGUUCAUCAUCUACCUCUUGGGCAACUGAAAGUUUUCAUUUCAUGUCCUAUAAAUAUCUGGAAAAUGAAAAGCUCGCUAUGAAGGCGAAGGGCGCUUAUGUUGAUUAAUGUAAUCUGUCAUAACAUUGCCUCCUGCCCACUAUUUCUCUUUCAGGUGUUGUUUCUUUAGAAUAUUAAAUUAAAGGAGUGGUGUUAGCAUGUGAUCUCCAACUAUUCCCAUAUUAGAAAAUGAUGUUUUAUGAAUUGGAGCUUAAAUUCCAUUCUAAUUUCUCAAGAUGACUUGAAAUUAAAUUCAGGAGGAUCCAUUUAGUAUGAUCUAGGGGGAAACAAUGUGUAGUAAAAUGACAUAAGACAAAUCUAUCCUUUCUCAUAAUUAUCACUUUAAUAUUGAAGAAUGUUCUAUGCUUUUAUGAAAUAUAUUAUUCAAAAAAGAUUACCUGUUUGGCUCCUUUUAAAAAUAAACAUGAAUAAGAGAGGCAUUUGUCUUUUAGAUUUUAAGCAUCAUCUUGUCAUGCUAGGGAAAGUCAUUAGUUGAAAGAAUAAUUCAUUAUAGUUUUUUGAUGAAGGGAAGGAAUUAAUUAUGUUGC